UGGGUGUGGGGCGGUGCCAGCGAGCUUCGCGGUUGCCGAGGCGACCGUUGAGCCGAAGCAGUCGCUACCUAGCUGAGCGCCCAAGAGACAACUGACGCCGUCGCGUCCGAGCUACCGCAGCAGCAAUGGCACAGGAAAACACGCGGCAGGAGAGGCAGACGCGAGACCGCGGCGCCGCCCGUUCCAAGGUGGAAAAAGCGCGGCCGCCCACCGUUCCGGUGCCGCAGGUGGACAUCGUCCCCGGGCGGCUCAGCGAGGCGGAGUGGAUCGCCCUCCUGGUCCUGGAGGAGGGCGAGGACGUGGUGGGCGACAUCGUGGCCGACCUCUUGGAUCGGGUCAUGAAGGCGGCCUUCCAAGUCUACCUGAGCCAGCAGUGCAUCCCGUUCACUGUCAGCCAGGCCCGGGAGGCCAUGCUGCAGAUCGUCGAGUGGCGCUUCUUGGCCCGGGACGAGGGAGAAUUUGCAGUGGCUGAGGACCCCACGUGGGGCGAGGACGAGGAGCCGCUGGCGUGCGUGACCGACACCUGGGCUCAGGGCUCGGUGCCCGUGCUGCAAGCGCCCGCCUACGAGUGCCUGGAGGACCUCGAAGACGAAGAGGAAGACGAGAACGAAGUAAGCCCAGCCUCCAGCCUCCGGGCGCCCAGAUCUCGGGCUCCUCCCCCUGACUUCUUUCCCAACCCCCUCUCUCAUUGCCCUGUGCGUUUCCCCCAGGAUUUUGGGAGCCCGGACCGGAUGCUUUUAGGAAGAUCGUGGUUGGCUAGAGGCUCCCAGGAGUGGUCAUCAGAACUGUUUCAGAAGACAGGAGCCGGGGGAACUUUGCAGGAACCUGACGGUCAGACGAGAAGUCACCUCUUGGCCAGGUCCCCGAACGGAAGUUUGCAAUCUUUGAGUCCCCACCCUCCCCUGGAGCUGUCCCAGGUAGCUAGCUCGCAGGCUUCUGCCGAGAGGGGACAGCCCCUGGACUCCUGCUUAACGCCUGAGGACCUCUACUCUCGCGCUCCGCGGCUAGACGCAGCUGGGGACCAACUGCCACGCAAGACGACAGAGGGGAUGCCGCGCGUGGCCUCGGUCGCGUCCUGCCCCUCUGGGGGCGACCUCACCACGCUCAGCCUCUCCACUUCCAUGCAGUCUCCCCAGCCAGGGUUUUUGGAUGCGCCUCACUACCGGGCAGGCUUCAAGGCUGUGAAGACACGUCUGGACCCCACACGGCUUCCUCGCCACUUGGUGCGCCCCUUGGCUGAGAUCGUGGUCGCCGACCCUGAACCUCAACCCUUGGAAACCUACCGCGGGCACCGAGGGCGCAGGAAGACACUGGCCAGAGCCAGGCCACAAGGUCCCGGGCCUGGGGACCGUGUCUCCUCAGCACCUUUCUUCCCUUUCCAGCCUAGUAUUCCUUUCUGUGCCUUGAGUCUAGACCCCACUUUAAACUUAGACCCACUCUUGCCAUUCUCCAGAUCAAAGGUGCCAUUCUCCAGCUGUAGAGCCCGCUUCCUCCCCAAGCACCCAGUGCUUGGUGACAUUCCCCGAAGCCCCAGUCCUAAACCAUGGCCCAGUGCCAAGUGGCCCAGUGGCUAUGAGCAGGAGGCUGAGCUGCUGGGGGAGCUGUGGGCUGGCCGGACCCGGGUGCCUCCGCUGGGGCUGGAGUCCACUGACAAGCAAGACCAGCAUUCUGGAUGGCCCCAGAUAGCACCCCAGAUCCUCGAGGCCUCAUCCCAGUUGCUGUGGAAGCCCUUGGUACGGCCAGAAGCUGUGAGACUGGUUCCUGGUGUGAGGAUGUGGAAUCGGAGCACCCAAGUACAUCUCAGCUCUGCAGUGCCUGAGAAGGAGGCCAACGGAGGCACCUCUUCUUCAGCUGACCAGCACGCCAUCCAGACAGGUGUGCCCAAGGCCCAGGUGACUGGGGCAGAACUAGGAAAAGCUGCCCCCAACAUAUGGCUGCUCCCUUCCAAGCCCAUGCCCCAUUCUGGUUCCUGAGCUUCUGCCUGUGUGAACUUGACCUCCCCACUGCCUAGGGGAAAUAAACACCAAGGUCUCUCA